UGCCGCUAAAUAUGAAAAGCUUGUACUGAUUAUUUUGUUCCAGGGGAUAUUGUGGUGGAUAACCUUACUUCGUUUCGAUAUUUAAAGAAAAAACCAAUUUUCUUCUUCCACUUAUAUACACAUGUGAACAAAAUUACACGACGGAAAAUAAGAAUUUGACUGAAUGUUACAAAUAUUUCAUCAUCGUUCUUUAAUUAUUCCCAGACCUAACGAACCUACUUUUCACACAAAGCAGAUUUUCCCAGAGAUGAUUGUUAUUACCGUUGCUUCGUUAGCGUGUAAAGUUCAUCUGGAUUAAAAAAUUAAAAUCCAUGUAAGAUAUUGACAAAAAUAAAAACAGGUAGAAGGAAUUGUGUUAUCGUGCUCCGUAAAAAAUAGCAGUUUAUAAGGCAAGGAACAGAAAAAUGGAAAUUUAUUGAGGUUUUGCUGCAUUAUACCGUGUGACAACAAUUCCAGUGUGUCUCAUUCUGUAUCGUAGAGUUAAUGAUGUUAUAGUUAAAAUGUAAUUAAUUCAAUCUCAGAUGUAAGUGAUAACAUUGUAUCAGUCAACUGUUGGUGUUCAGCGUCAGAUUAUAUAGUGAAUUCAAAAAAGUUUGAUAGAAAUGGUAAAGUCCCUGGCUAUGCCUCUGUGGAAUUUAGCUAUCACCAGUGAACCUUAUGUGGUGCUUGCUGCUUUGAGUGGUGCAACAGCCGUGAUUCUGGGUGCUAUUGGAGCUCAUAGAUAUGUAAGAGACGAAGUAGGACAAGAGCAACAUCGAAUAUUUGAAAUUGCAAAUCACUAUCACUUAGUACAUACUUUGGUUCUUUUGGCAUUACCAUUGUGCAGAAUCCCAUUCUUGGUUGCUACAUUUAUGCUUUCUGGUAUUAUACUAUUUUGCGGUAGUGGCUAUUACAUUGCAUUUACGGGUGAUCGACGAUUUAGGAGAAUAACACCAAUUAAUGGCUUUUGCUUCAUACUAGGAUGGUGCAGUAUGUGUCUUUAAAAAAUAUAUCAAUGAAAAGAAAGUUAUUUGUGCUAGCAUAAAAGAUCAACUACAAUUAUAUAUCACUGUUUUUGACAGAUAUUCCUGCAAUCUUUAGAAAUAAUUGUUAUAACUUAAGAAAUCACAAUUAUCUUAGAUUGUCUUGAAUAUUUUGUAGAAAAUUGCAAUAUAGCAAUGUUUAUAUAUGAUUCUCAAUGUUAUGCUUCUUGUCUGAUGUAUCUAGGAGAUAUAUUCCUAUAAUUUAGCAAGUUUACAGUGUUUAUAUUUAUUGAAGGCUUUCAAAAAGAAACAAUAUCUUCUGAUUUGAAUAAAGUAAAACUUGUUUAUACUAAUGAAUCGAUAUAAAUAUAACUUUUGUUUAUAAUAUUAAUGACAUAGGUUUGGAUCACACGUAUCCUGAACCAUUACACACUUUAUAAUGAUGCAUACCUAAGUUUUCUUGCACGUGUUCCCCCCUGUCGGUGAUUACUUUUGUUUUCCUUUGCGCAAGAUACUAUCACUCGCGAGGUCGUCACAAAGUGAGAUAUAUGUAUAUAUAAUAAGAAAAGUAAUUAUAUAGAUAUAACCAUAUUGUCCACGCGUUGAUGAAAAAAAAAAAAAAA